AGGAGCACUAUAGAACAGGUGGAUUACUGGGCCUCCAUAAAGGGUCUCUAGUGUAAGAAUACGUCCAGUAUAGCGAGACGAGAGAAAGGACGUAGAAAAAGAAAGAUAAGAGGAUAGGACAACAGGUGAAAGGGAAGUAGAAAAGGUGUUGAAGUACAGCUGAAAAGCUGCACUGUACUUCAGGUGGCAUUUGUUGACAUGGCACAAGCUGGUCUGGCAAAUAGUGGGCACCUUGCACAGUGAAAUGCUGCUAUUUCUCGAGUUCUCGAAGGAGAAAGUUUGGUCUGUUUAAGGGACACACAAGUUCUGAGGAUGUGACUCAAGUAAAGUGACUUAGAAGAGGACAAGGAGGUGACAAGCUAAUGAGAUGUAAACCUAAAGGAUUGAGACGAGUAAAGCAUUGAGAAGCAAAACAGUGCGACUCAGUCUUGAGCAUCUCUUUUAGAGACCAACAGUCCCACAAUCCCAAAGGCAGCCACUGGAGAGGACAGAAAAACACAGGUAAAUUGAGAAGGAAAGGGAAUGAGACGGGGAGAGAGUGAAAGAGGCACAGAGGAAAAUGAACCGUUGGGAUCAGGGUGACGUCAGCGGCUCUCUGGAUUGAGGUGUUGAGUCCUCCUGAUUAUAAUCUGAUCUGAUUAGGAAACACAGGGAGAAAAAAAAAUCUCCAGAGCCUCUGCAAGCUCUCCGGGGAGCAAGGCGCCGUUUGUACCAAGCAGAAAGGCCAAGGACCAAGAACAAAACCAAAAUAAGAACUUAGGAGCAGUCUGCUAAAGAAAGUUAAGGCCUGUAUCUGAAAAGAGCCAGCUACACUAAGUGGACUUCACUUUGCUCUUCUCCAAUAGGAAGCAAAUUAAUCAGGCAAAGUAGUGGAGCUAACAUUGUAAGUCUGCAGGCUACUCUCUGGUUUCCAUCUGGGUUGUAAGCCAGGAUGCCCUCCAAUGGCAGUAAAGCCCUCAAGCUACAAUUCGGGCUUAUUAAUUAUGAGAAUCGCUAUCUAACAGCGGAGGCCUUUGGCUUCAAGUUGAACGCUUCAGCUCAGAGUCUAAAGAAGAAGCAGAUCUGGACACUGGAGCAAGAUGAGCAGGACGGUCAGGUGGUUUAUCUCCGCAGUCACCUGGGGCGCUACCUGGCUUCUGAUAAAGAUGGCAAGGUAAGCUGUGAAGCUGAAACCAAAGAGAAUGACUGCCGGUUUCUGAUUGUGGCACAGUCAGACGGGCGCUGGGCCAUGCAGUCCGAGCCAUAUCUGCGCUUCUUCGGUGGUUCAGAGGACUACUUAUCCUGCUUUGCUCAGACCAUUGGCGAGGCAGAACUAUGGGCCAUGCACCUGGCACUGCAUCCACAGGCCAAUCUGCUUAGCGUGGCCCGCAAACGCUACGCCCACCUAGCAUCUCCAGAGGGAGAGAUUGCUGUGGACAGUAACAUCCCUUGGGGUGUGGAUGCUCUUCUAACUCUUGUGUACAUGGAUGGCAAAUAUUGUCUUAAAACUAGUGACAGCCGCUUUCUGAGCAAUGAUGGGAAACUGUCCUCUGAAAAUGGCCGUGGGACAGGCUACACUUUGGAACUGAAAUCAGGCAAGUUGGCCUUCAAGGACUGUGAGGGGAAGUACUUGACCCCCAUGGGGCCCACUGGAACUCUGCGCUCUGGACGCUGCUCCAAACCUGGCAAAGACGAGCUGUUUGAUCUUGAGGAAAGCCAUCCGCAAGUGGUGUUUCAGGCCGCCAACAACAGAUUUGUUUCCAUCCGACAAGGAGUAAGUGUCUCUGCCAAUCAGGAUGAUGAGACAGACAUGGAGACAUUUCAAAUGGAAAUUGAUAAAGACACAAGAAAGUGCAAAUUCAGAACUAAUGAAGGGAAUUACUGGACGCUUGUCGCUCACGGAGGCAUCCAAUCAACAGCCAAAGAAGCUGGUGCCAACACCAUGUUUGACAUAGUGUGGCUCGGUCGACGGGUGGCACUGCGAGCUAGCAAUGGAAAAUACAUAUGCACUAAGAAAAAUGGCCAGCUUGCUGCAGUCAGUGACUCUUUGGGUGAGGACGAGCAGUUGAUUCUGAAGCUGAUUAAUAGGCCCAUUUUGAUCCUGAGGGGAGAGAAUGGUUAUGUUUGCCACCACAAGAACUCUAAUACACUCGACGCCAAUCGUUCAGUCUAUGACAUAUUUACACUGCAGUUCAAUGACGGCACAUACCACAUUAAAGGUGUUGGUGGAAAAUUCUGGUAUGCGUCCAACAGUGGCUUGGUGUGCACUGAUGGAGACACACCUGAAGAUUUCUGCUUUGAGUUCUUAGAGCAUGGACGGAUAGCUAUAAGAGGCAAAAAUGGCAAAUAUCUGCGUGGAGACCAAGGAGGCAAUCUGAAAGGAGAUGGAGAGAAUGCAGACAGCUCUUCCCUCUGGGAAUACUGACACCAUGUGGACAUAUAAGGAACUGUCACUUACUUGUGUUAAACUCUUGGAUUUACACAUGUGAGAAAAUAAAUGGGUACAAUUACGGUUUAAUAUCUGUUUUCCUAUCAGUCAGCAUUUAAUGUAGAGUCAGUAUUCAGCAGUACACAUGUAUUAUUUACCAUUUCUGGUUUAUACUCCUAUACAAAAUGAGCCUGUAUAAACAGAAUACAAACAUGUCAAGAACCUUUAUUAUAUCAGCUCAGUAUUGCACACUGUAAGGAAAAAUGUGUGAGUUAAUAAUGUUAACAUAAAACUUGCAAAGCAUGCUAUAACUGUGUCAAAUCACUUUUAUUAUCUCUGUUGAUUUUCAAAUUGACACAUUUCAUUACUGCUGUUUUUGUUUAUUACUUCUUCUUUUUUUAACGACCCAUUAUUGUCUUGUCUUUCAUGCUAUUAUUUAUUACCGUGUUAUUGUUUGUCAGUUCCAGUGAAGUUUGUUUCAUUAUCUGGGGUUACAGACUGCUGUGUUUGUCAUAUGUGGACAUACAUGGCAUUUAAAUAUAUUUAGGCUGGGUAAAUUAACUCUUCUUGUUGUUUCUUUAAGCUAACUAGCCACUGACAGGAAAGCCAAGCAACCUAGAAUAGAGCAGGAUACACAGUAAUUACUCUGUCUCACCGAAAUGAAAGGUACUAGGAUUAAAUUCAUUUUAUUCCCUUUAUUUAUUUAUUUAUUUGCUUUCUCUUUCUUAAGACCAUUUGGAAAGGUUUUACAGUUAUUACAAUAAAAUCCUGUCUCUUAA